UUAAUGACUAUGUUCUUUCAACGCUCCCAGGUGAAGAAAGAGAAUAUUUAAGUUGCGAUUCUGUAGACAAGUCGGAUGUAGUUGAAGCAGAAGCAUUUGAAGCGUUGACACCAGAGUUUCUCAAUUCCUUAAGAACAUCAGGUCUCCCAAAUUACAACAUACGACUUAAGGUUGGGACUCCAGUAAUGUUGCUAAGAAAUAUAGACCAAUCAGAAGGACUAUGCAAUGGAACUAGAUUGAUUGUCACAAGACUGGGUAAUCAUGUCAUUGGAGCAAGAAUCAUGUCUGAAGGCAAUGGUGGAGAUGAGAUUUACAUACCUCGAAUGUGUAUGUCUCCUUCUCAAUCACCAUGGCCUUUUAAACUUAUCAGAAGACAAUUUCCUAUAAUGGUCUCAUAUGCGAUGACAAUCAAUAAAUCUCAAGGACAGUCACUGGAAAGAGUUGGAUUAUACUUGCCUAGACCUGUUUUUAGUCAUGGACAAUUGUAUGUGGCAUUGUCAAGAGUUCAGAGCAAACAUGGAUUGAAGAUUUUAAUACAUGAUAAGGAUGGUAAAUCAUUAGAC